AUGGCGGAGUGGUAUUCAAACUUGAAUUGGGAGGAUCAUAUCUUGGAUUUUCUACUUGUAGGAUGGAUCGUGGGGUCCGCACUUUUGGUGGUACUUGCCAAUGGACUAUCAAAGAUCAUUGGACCUCUCAGAAUCCGAGCUUUGGAUAGAAAGAGAGCACUUUCUGGUAGUAGUUCCAGUAGCAGGGCCGUGACUGGAACCGAAAGUUGUCAAUGGCUAAAUAAUGGCAUAAAUUGGUUCUUCCUGAACUAUUACCGGCAAGCGGAUUUUAUUGAUGCUUGGAUCAAACAGUUAAAUGUCGAAGUCAAGAAACUCGGGAAGGGACCCGUCCAAAUUAAAUUUGAAAAAGUAGAAUCUGGUAGUUUACCUCCCAAAUUUUCAGACUUUUCAUCACAGAUUUUCCAAGAUGACAAAUUUAUCUUGCAAGGUCAUGUUGAGUCGAGAGAUAUGGCUUUUGUUGUAUUUGCCUCACAAACAACACACGAAGGUGUUAAACUCACAAAUUGUACAGCUAAAAUACUCAGAUUAAAAGGAAAGUUACGUGUGUUAAUUGAAAAAGUAAGAGGUGAAGCUAAUGUCAGUAUUUCAUUUGAUGGUAAACCAGAUAUCAAAACCAAUGUCAAACCAUCCAAUCCUUUCCAGUUUAUCAAUGUAUAA